AUGUUUAUGGCAUUUGCCGCUGGAGCCAGACUUGUGAUUGUUCCUGGGCAGGUUAAAAUGGCACCUUCUAAACUUUGUCAAAUCCUUUUUGAUGAGGAAAGAGUGACUAUUUUACAGGUAACACUCUGACAUUUCAAACUAUCUUCUUUUGAACUUAUUCUUGAUAGCGUUUCUCUGCCUAUAUUAUUUUUACUGGCAUUAUAUGUGUUUAGCGUAUAGUACAGACUCUAAUGGCAUAAACUGCGCACACUCCGUGAUCUAGCUUGGUGUUUUUAAAAGCAAUGUGAUUGGUUUGCUUUCUCAGACUACAAAUGGUGGUAUCCAUAGAACCAGGUGGAGAAUAUAAAACACAAAAUAAAUUGCUGGUGGGGACUUAGUGCUGUGCCAAGGUUUUAGAAUAAGAACUUUUUAAAAUACAAGUCUUAGUGUGUUGUUUUUGAAAGAAGGAAAAGAUUGUCACUUCAAAGUGUUUAAGUGGCCUGAUAUUUAAAUUGUAAUAUUUGAUUUACCAUUAAUUUGAAGAAUUGUUUACAACUACGAGGAGAACAACACCAUUUUAAUUUGUGAUUUCCUCACUAUAAUGUGAAGUUUGCCUAGAAAUCGGAGGUAAUUUAUGAUGGUAGACAAUGAAAGCAAAUACAUAAUUAAAUCUCCUUAAUUUCAUGCAUGGGGUUACAGACUGAACUAACUUUUUUGCUCUCUUUAAAACAACAGCCAACACCCUCUCUAAUGCAUUUCAUUGGUCAGGACUUGAUUCAGUCUAAGAUCCUUGCUAGCGAUUCAUCUCUCAGAGUGCUUGCCUUUGGAGGAGAAUCCUGCCCAGCCCUCUCCACCCUCAGAGCAUGGAGACCACCAGGAAGCAAGACACUGAUGUACAAUUUGUACGGCAUUACUGAGGUGUCCUGUUGGGCUUCUUGCUAUCAUAUUCCUAAUGAUCAGUUGGAAUUUAGGGAAAUAGCAAGUGAAGCAGAUAAUGGUAAUUGCAGAGAGAAAAGUCUAGAUGAUUUCCCAGUUGGGAUUGUAAGUGAUGUACCUCUUGGCCUACCACUGUCUAACACUCUGAUUGAAAUCCGAGAUGAAAAAAAUGAACUUAUCAGAGAGGGCAUUGGGCAGAUUUACAUAGGUGAGAUCACUUAUCAAAAUAUGAAUGUUAAUUGCGAGUUUAACAAGUGCGACUUAAUACUCUCACUUUGUGUCUGUCGCCUUAGCAAGUUGUUCAUCAUAAAUAGAGAGUGAAGGUACACUGUAGCUGUCUGUUUUUAUGUUUUCCCUUUUUUAUAACUCAGAUGAUUUACUUUGGAUAGUCUCUCAAAAUUCACAGCACACUAUAUUACCAUAGCUGGAUACAUAUGUAACUCCACAUGAUUGAAGCCAUUUGUGAAGUAUUGUGCAACACUGCACUUAAAAUUGUAAAAGUGGGCUGGAUUAAUCAGCGUUUGCACGCUACAUUUUGACUAACUAACGCUCUUGUCUUUUUUCAAUAAUAGUUAAAAUAAUAUAGCACUGAAUUCCAUAUAUCUUCAAUAUUGAAUCAAGUCUGUGGUGGGAUCAUGAAAAUGCCCAAAUAAACCUUUAACACUUCUAAAGACAUGUAUAUGUAUGAGCUUGUUUAUUAGAUUUGAACUGAAUCAAAAUAAUAUGAUGUUGUGUUACUGUAACUGUACUGCAGGUGGUCCAGACCGUGUUUGUCUCCUUGGUGAUGAAACAUCACACACUGCAGAAACCAAGCGUAAAACAGGAGACUGGGCGUAUGUGAAAAACCACUGUGUCUGGUUUUGUGGACGCAGAGACCGACAAAUAAAGCGCAUGGGAAAGAGAAUAAACCUAGACUGGAUUGAGCAUGAAAUUGCCGGAAAACUUCUUGGCAGUGAGUGUUCUCUGGUUUUAGACAAAUCAGGUGGGAUAAGUCAAUCAAGAAUCCACUUAUUUGUGGUCAGUGAAUCUUCUUUGUAUAACUGCAAGAAACUUGCAUCACUAAGAAGUAAUCUGCAUAACCUGUUACCAGUUUAUGCUCAACCUGAUUUUGUUCACCUAGUGCCUAAACUGCCAAUGACAGCUCAUGGAAAGACUGACCGCGAUGGGCUCUUAAGGAGUGUUCAGAAAUCCUUAGCUCACAAAGAUAUAAAAACUAUCAGAGAAUUACUUCAAAGUUCUUGGAAAGAGUGUUUACAAGUGACCAAGGCCAGAAGAACAGAUUCUGACAAACUUGAAUUGUUCCAGAAUGAUCCUGUCAUGAAAUUAAGUGCUUGGGAUGUAAAGGAAGAUGAUCUGUUUAUUGCCAGCGGUGGAACAUCCCUAGAGGCUGUGCGAUUGGCAGAUCUUAUUGAAUCAUGGAUAUCCAAACAAGUAAAGACCCCUAUGAACUUUCCAGAAUUACUGGAUGUUAUUUUAAGCCAAUCAUUUGGCGCUCUUUGUGGCUACAUGGAGAGUGCAGUAAAUGGCCAAAGUGGAAUUGAUUUGGGCAGUAUUAAGGGGACAACCAUGGUAUAUAAAGAAGAAGGUGAUAAUGAUGAGAUUUUCUCUGAUUUAAAUUCUGGCAAAGAUGCCAUGAAACUUCCAGUGAAGAGGAAAUUGUUAUCUUCAGUUGAUGGUGCUUCUCCGAAAGAUGAAGUGGAUGUUAAGUCGAAGAGGUUGUCAACUGCAGAGAAAAACAGCAACUCAGUCGAAAGUGGAACAAACAAUUCAGAGUUGAAAACUUGUUUCUGCUCUGUACGCAGAGGAAACCAGUGGACUGUUUGCCCGUUUUGCACUUUAUCAAGACCCUUUGCAACAAGUGAUAUCACCAGUCAAACAGAGUCCUUUGCACCCAAUGAAAGUCACCCUAAUUAUUUCUCUGCAUCUGGUGAUAAGAAUCAGACCCUCCCCUCCCCUGAAGGUGUGAAUGCUCCUGGUAACCAGGUCACUGUCACUUGUCAGUGGCGCACAUGUCUAUACAAAUGCAUUGAUGCCUCCCCUCUUGUGGUGAACUCUCCAGGGGGGUGCGAGGGUGAAGUUUUCAUUGGGUCACAUGGUAAAGUGUUCAUGUGCAUUAGACUCAGUGACGGUGAAGUCCUGUGGGAGAGAAGUGUGGGAGACAGAAUAGAAUCAUCUGCAGCAAUUUCUGCAUGUGGCAUUUAUGUCAUUGUAGGUGAGGUAUUUUUGUUAUCGCAGGGAGACCGUGCCUACUGACACAAUCUUGGAAGAGCUAACAUCUUUCAUUUUUGAAUAUUUGAAAGAAGUGGUAUUUCAACAAAGAGCCUUAGAAAUAUGCAUUCUUUGAAGACGAAGAAUCAGUUCCGAGAAUCCUACCCCUGAUAGACUUCAAAACAGUCGGUGAAGCGCUGGCGUGAUAUUAGAGAGGUUAAACAUCACUAUUACGUCAAACGGUAAAUGCGAAUUUGUGCCACGUGACCAAGUUUCCCGUUUACUUGUCGUUUACAGUUCAUUAUUUCUACGCAUAAAUAAGUAGUUUCACGCAAUUUUUUUACCCAUAAGAACUGUUUUGAGCUGUUUUUAUCUGCUCAUGUUCUAUUUUGAGAAAUUCUCAACUUGAAUCUGACGUUUACUGUAUACGUGAAGCUUAAACUCUCUAUUUUCGCCUGAAGCACGUGGCUCCCCCCUCACCCCAGACCUUUCCUUUGACCGCUUGUGCGCGCGUUCUUAACCUUGGCGAAAAUACGGGCUGUUUUCCAGUCCUUACCCCAGAUAAAACACUAGCAAAAGUAAAAACAGGACGAGUGGAAAGAAACCUCUGACCUUCUUGAAGACAGCUGCCAAUGUUUUUCAUUUACAUUUUUUUAUACUACAUUGUGAAUGGAAAACAUUGGCAAAAAUUUGAAGUAUUUUUCCUGGCGUGAUCUGCGUUAUCUUUGAUGCUAUGCACUCAUCUUUUUUAGCCUAAAAGAGAUGAGUGCAUAGCAUCAAAGAUAAUGCAGAUCACACCAGGAAAAAUAUUUCACUAAAUAAGAUGAGUGCAUAGCAUCAAAGAUAAUGCAGAUCACGCCAGGAUAACCUGAGAUCAGGCCCAAUUUCUCAGGUUACGCCAGGAAAAAUAUUUCACUUAAAAAAGAUGAGGGCAUAGCAUUUUCAAAUUUUUGCCAAUGUUUUACAUUCACAAUUUAGUAUAAGAAACUGAAGGCAUGGCAUCAUAAGUAAUGCAGAUCACGCCAGGAAAAAGAUUUCAAAUUUUGUUGCGUCUUGCGUCCUAAUUCAAGGCUAAAUCAGGACGACUUUAACGUGGUUAUAGACAUUUUUUACUUUUAAAAGGUGCCCCUAAGGUACUGUUCCUUUCCUUAGAACUUAAGUUGUUUUAUCUUUUUAACAUGUUUUCUUUUGUUUUGUGGUUUUUGUAGGUUGUUACGACGGCAAAGUCUAUGUAUUUAACCGCUUUACUGGUGACACACAUUGGACAUUUCAAACUGAUGCAACAGUAAAAAGUUCACCUUGUAUAGACUCACAGACAGGGUUAGCCUGGGUUGGGUCACAUGAUCAUCACCUGUACGGCCUAGACAUCAAGCGUAAGCAGUGUGUCUGUACAGUGCACUGUGGUGGUGGAUCAUGCUUCAGUUCUCCUUGCAUCAGCCAUGAGCCUCAUUUAGUUUUUAUUGCAACAUUGACUGGCCGUGUUGUUGCUGUUGAUGCCGAUAAGUACACUGUCCUUUGGAGUCAGCAGUGUCCCAAACCAGUGUUUGCAUCACCUCUAUUGAUCCCCUGUGGCGUUGUGUGCGCAUGCGUUGAUGGGCUUGUCUAUUGCUUUGAUUUUCAAGGAAGAGAGAUGUGGCGCUUUGAAACUGGCGCCCCUAUUUUUUGUUCCCCUGCUUACACUGGAACAGAAUGGGAUACUGACACCCUUGGGUAUAUCGUGUUUGGAUCUCAUGAUAAAUGCGUGUACUGUUUAUCAGUUGAUGGAAAGAUGCAGUGGAGUUUUACAGCUGAUGGACAAGUGUACUCAAGUCCUUUCGUUACUCAAUUGAAUUUCAAGCGUCAGACAGGCUGUCACUCAACAUGUCAUGUGGCAUGUAAAACGCGUCACACAAGUCACGCAAAAAUGGCAGUGUUUGUGUUCUCCACCGUGGGAACCCUGUUUAUACUGGAACUCAAGUCUGGUAUUCUUUUAGGUUCUUACUCUUUACCUCGUGAAGUAUUUUCAUCUCCAGUUGUUACUGAUCAGCAAGUACUUCUUGGGUGUAGAAAUAAUUAUAUUUACUCCCUAAAAGUGAAUCAAACCGCGGGUGACUACACUCAGGUGUCACAGUCAUUUCCUCGUCUUUAG